AUGGCAAUCAAAGUAAAAGUAGAAUUCUUAGGAGGGUUAGAUAUAAUAUCUGAGUCCAAAAGAGAACAUAAAUGUAUAUUACCAUAUGAAGAAGGAGAAGUAACUGUUAAAGAAUUAAUUGAAUAUAUUACUAAAAAUAUAAUUAAAGAUCCUAAAGAUAUACCUGUUUUCAUUGAAGAUAAUACUGUUAGACCGGGUAUUUUAGUUUUAAUUAAUGAUACUGAUUGGGAAUUAGAAGGUAUGGAAGAUUAUGUUAUUGAAAAUGGUGAUGUUUUUACAUUUACAAGUACUUUACAUGGUGGUUAG